AAUCAUGUCAAAUGAAAAGCAAAAGAACUAUAAUUAUUGAAAAAUUACUAAAAGUUGGUCUGAACAGUUUUAAUUUUUCGGGGCCAUGACUCGACUGCAUUGUUUAUGGAAUAAAUAAGAACAAACGGCAGUAUGUAAGAGAGGCGAAAUAAAAUAAAGAUAACGCAUUAACCAUGACGCCAUGGACAUGAAAGGAAGUGAGACAGACUAUUUCUCCGUAUGAAGGUAUGCAACAUCACAACCAAACAAUGCCAUGCUCUCGGCGUUAUAUCGUACAUAAACUGAUGUACCAUGUGUCCAGAAACUAUGUCUACUUGCUGUUAUUGAUUGCAGCCGUCAUUUUGCUCAUUAAGUGUAACAGUAAAUUUGACAGAUCAAAUACAGGGUCGAAAUACAGCUUUUCAUUGUUUGGAGAGCGUAAGCUUCCAGAACCAACACAAGCAGAAAUAGACUACUUUGCAGAAUAUGUUAAUCUAAGUUUUGCUGUGGAAGAUAAUUUCAUCAGUGGUGAGAUGAUGGGAGGCCGUGGACAAUUCCUUGGUAGAAUUUCUUUGGCCAAUACAGGGAACAAGGAAAUACCAACAAAACGGUGGCAGCUUUACGGGUACUCCAUGAGACUUGUAGAGAUGGAUGAAUAUCCAUAUCCGAAUGGAUAUCAUUUAAACACUUGUGGUCUUAAACUCUUUCACGUUGGUGGAAGUUUAUAUAGAUUCGAACCUGACGGAGAUAACUUUGUUGCACUCAAACCUUAUGAAAUUAUGACGUGUAGGUUCAAAUCACAAGCGUUUCAAAUUGCAAGGUCCGAUUCCAUGCCAAGAUGGUACGUAACAAGUAGCUCAACAAUGCCGAAAGUUUUAGAAAACACUGAUGAUGAGGGACUUAAAUAUGUUAAAGACUUCAAUAACAAAGAGCAAUACAAAAGAAGAAUGGAUGACAAAAGUAGUCCCUAUUCCACCCAGACUAGAUUCGAGAUGUAUGAAACUGGGAAUACAGAAAUUGAUUCAAGAUUGAAAAUCAUACCGACCCCGUUAAUAAUGCAGGUGAAAAACAAGUGGGAGAUGGAAUUUAACACCAACAAGUGGGUUAUAGUGAAGUCUGAUGUAUUCUUGGAAGAGGUUAAAUUCUUUUCGGAUAAACUUUCAAUGAACAUUGUAAAAUCUAAACCAAUGCGGAAAUAUAUAGAAGUCAGAAAGGCAUCCGUUUCUGUAGAUAUCGAUGGGAAAUCUCAAGAACGAGAAGAUGCUUAUAGCAUUGAAACAAUGCCACAAAAGGAAUACAUUUUAAUCACUGCGGCAACAAACGAAGCCGUCUUUUACGCUUUCCAGACCCUCAGCAGUGCUUUAUUUACUCCGGAUGCUCGUGAAACCGUCGGCAUUCCCGUUAUGUUACCAGAGUUUAUCAUCAAAGAUGCCCCAAGGUUUUCCUACAGGGGCCUGCAUAUAGAUGUGUCUCGCAACUUUAUAGAAAUUGACGAAAUUCUAAAGAUUAUAGAUGUGAUAGCGAUGUAUAAAAUGAACAAACUACAUCUACAUUUGUCAGACGAUGAAGGCUGGAGACUUCAAAUACCAGGAAUACCCGAGCUUACACAGAUAGGGGCAUCUCGCUGUCAUGAUCUUCGGGAAGAACAAUGCAUUUUACCUAUGCUUGGUUCAGGGCCAUAUUCAAACACUUCUGGCUCUGGAUACUACGAUAUUGGCGACUACAGAGAAAUUCUCGUGUAUGCCAAAGAGCGUCAUGUGGAAAUUAUUCCAGAAUUUGAUAUGCCGGGACAUAGUCGUGCGGCUAUAAAGUCAGUACACUCGAGUUCGCAGCGGUCUAUGCGCAAAGACAUGAAAGCUGAGAGUUUUUCCAUCAUAGACCCAGACGACCAUCCGAAUUUUAGGUCAGGACAACAUUUCUCUGAUGACGUAAUGAAUCCGUGUUUGGAGUCUACGUAUACAUUUGUCAAAAAGAUUAUAACUGAAGUGAAAAAGAUGCACCAAGAUAUUCAACCACUAAAGUUUUAUCAUUUUGGAGGGGACGAGGUCGCAGACGGUGCGUGGGAUGCGUCUCCCGCAUGCCAAAAGCUGAUGAAGAAAAGGGGAGAAAACAUGAGUCAUUACGAUUUGAUGAAGUAUUUUAUAAAUAAUCUUACCCGCAUUGCAUCUGAUGAGUCUGUGUCGGUGGGCGCUUGGGAGGACGGAAUGAUCUCACAUGACAGCCUUGACGUCGGAGUACCAUUUCCACGUGACGCUUUUAAAAAUGAAGAUAUAUAUGUGUAUGUAUGGAAGAGACCCUCUGAAAGACGCACUCCACACCGGACGAAACUUUUUGCGAAUAAAGGGUAUAAGGUAAUUCUAGCCUAUGGUUCGUAUUUAUAUUUUGAUCACCCUUACGAGCCAGACCCGGAGGAGAGAGGCUUGUAUUGGGCAACGAGAAAAAUAUCAACAAGAGAUGCAUGGGAAUUUACACCCUCAAUCAUGUUCAAUGACAAACAUCUUGACUGUCCCAAAGUAAUCAAAGAUAAAACAGAAUGUUUUGAUCUCAUGAAACCGGAAAACAUCAUGGGAAUGCAGGCAGAGCUAUGGACGGAGACAGUGCGGACAAACGAGCAAGCGGAGUUUAUGUUGUUUCCAAGACUUCUGGCAGUUGCGGAGAGAGCAUGGCAUAAGGCAGCGUUCGAAAGCUUGCAAGGGAAAGCAGCAGAGAAAAUGAAAGCAUUGGAAUGGGAAAAAUUUGCUGAUGCAGUGGGAUAUCAUGAAUUACCGAGGCUUGACAAGAUGGGUGUCCGCUAUAGAAUUUCUCUUCCAGGUGCCGUUGCGAUAGCUGGAAAAGCUAACUUUAACACAGAGUUUCCAGGAUUAGAUAUAGAAUAUUUCUCAGCAGAUACAGACUCGUGGAAACUCGCCUCGCACGGUAUGCUCGUGGAGCAAGCAAUUAAAAUAAGAACAAGGUCUACGGACGGAAAGCGAUACAGCAGAGAGGUGUGGCUAGACCCGACAGCAACAAACACUGCUAUGUCUUUACUGAGCCACAACAAUUUAUUUUCAUAUAAAUUAAUAUCUGUAACAAUGUUUCUAUAUUUUACUAAUAUUUUGUUAAUAUUUCAGUGUUACACUUGAUUUUUAUUGUUUUACAGGGGAAUUUAAUAUUAUAUGGCGUAAACUAGUCAAGGUGCUUCCGGAUAACCUUAUCAUAGAUGGUUGUAGUUAGCGUGGCAUUAAUGAAGUAUGUGAUGGGUUAAAAUAAAGGUGAUGCUAGCCUAAACUCUAAUCUCUUUACGCUGGUUCGUUGUUGUGUCAUUUUCUUUCGGCAAAUAGAAAUAUAACAUCAGAAACCUGAAAGUGUAAAUUGGUCAAUAUGCUAUUCGGUUUAGAGCCGUUCAGUUAUGUAACGGCGGGCAGUUAACCUAACCAGUGAUCCUGGAUUCUGUACCAGUACAAACCUAUUCUCUGCAAGUAACUGCCAACUUAACAAAAAUCAGAGGUGGGGGUAAAAUGACUUUCCGCUGUUCAUUGAUGUGUAGGCUGAUCCUGUUUGCUAUAUAUAUAUGCGGUAUACCAUAAUACUUCUUUUAAUUGUCUUGUAUGUCAUUAACUGUGCCAUGAUACUGAAUGAUCUGGGUUUGUUUAGGAAUGUUGUGUAGAUUUUUUUCGCUUAGUUAAGUGUUUUCUUUAGAGUUGAUAUAACUAAUUAUAUAUAACAAAAUGUGCAUGAUCUGUAUAGGCAAAUUAUGGUAAUGUACAUAUAUUUAACUAAAUAUAUUUGGUCUGAGUAGGCCAGUCAUGGUAAUGUACACAAAUUUAACUAAAUAUAUUUGGUCUGAGUAAGCCAAUUAUGGCAAUGCACACAUAUUUAACUAAAUCAUGAUAUAUAUUUAACUAAACUAAAUAUAUUUUGGUCUGUGUAGGCUAAUUGUGGAAUGCACACAUACCGGUAUUUUACUAAAUAUAUUUGGUCUGUGUAGGCCAAGUAUGGUAAUGUACACAUAUUUAACUAAAUAUAUUUGGUCUGUGUAGGCCAAUUAUGGUAUUGUACAUACAUUUAGAUAAAUACGCAUAUGUGUAGACCGGCUGUAGUAAUCCCAUUUAACUAAAUGUAGGCCGAUAAGGGUAAUGCUGACAUAUUUAACUAAGUGUGCAUUAUCUGUUUAGGCCGAUUAUACAUGUAGUAAUGCUCACAUAUUAAACUAACUAUGCAUGUUUAUGGUAAUGCUCACAUGCUUUAACUAACUAUGCAUGCUCUGUUUAGGCCGAUUAUGAUAAUACUCACAUACCUAACUAAACAUGUAAGGUGCUUUAAAGGUGGUCAAACACAUUUGAGCAACAUUUUAUGACAUUUUUCAGUUUUCGAAUAUUCUGGUAGAGAUUUAUUUUUGAACUAAAAGAUCCAUUAGAUAUAGUAAGAUCUCCAUUGGAAAUGCACAAUUUAUUACUUUUUAUGAAAUUUUAUAAUAACCACCCAUUGAUAGAAGGGAAUUCAAAAAGUGGACUAUUGCUUUUGAUUCAAAUAUAAAAAAUUUACUUUUACAUUUGCACUGGAUAAAUAUUUGGAUAUUUCAAAUACCUGAAACAAAAACCAAGUAUUAAAACAACAUGUAGCUUUGAAAUUCAUCUACUUUCUUUAUAUCUCGGUUGCGCAAACAAGAUAGACAAAGGGAGGUAACAAACACUUUAGAAACUUGCAUUUCUAAUGAAUUUUGGCAAAUAUGUACCUGUCAAUGCAAAUCUUUGACAACUUCAAUAUAAUUCAUAUCAUUCAGUAGGCAAAACAUGUUUGUUAAAUUUAUAUGUAUUAUAAAUUAACACUAUCUUGGUUGGACAACCAAGAUAAGAAAAAGAAAUUUUAAAAAGAACUUUCAGUGAAAAUCUGAUGUUUAUAAAGAACUUGGUGAAUACAAAUAAGUAUAAAUGAUCAGUAAUUUAAGUUUCUAACAAGUCCAUUGGUUGAUCAAAAUCUGAUUAACCACCUUUUGAUAAUACUCACACCUGACUUCAUGCACGUUCCAACAGUAGUUUUAAUAGCUACGUUAGGAAAGAUUGAUUAAUAUACUUUAAACUGCUUAAUUGGAUUUUACACACUUACGGUAAUUAUUUUAACUGAGUAAUUAAUGACAUUACUUUUUUUUAAUAAAUUGUAAUACUUUAACGUAGCAGAUUUCUAUCUCUGUAUAAACUACAAAUCGUUGCCUUACUCUGAUAGUGCGCUUAGUUUCAGUUUUGAAAAUAUAAACCAUUAAUCUGCUGGCGGCAAGUGAUUCUGCCUUUGCAACCAGCGCAGAUCAAGAUCAGUCUGCACAUCCGUGCAGUCUGAUCAUGGUCUGCACUGUUCUCUAUCCAGUCAGUAAAUUUUCAGUAAAAAAACCUACAAAUUAUAAAUGGUACUGCCCAAGUUGAUUGAUAGACCAGUCCAUUUUAGAAAUUAAGCAGGCAAAAGGUUAAGCUAUAUGUAACACUGAAUUCGUUUUGGACAGAGCUGUCUAUCGGUGUUCAUGAAAUUAAGAUUGCGAGUCACCUUAAAGACACAGAUCUCCAGAUUGUACGACAACAAAUUUUUAAAAAAUGUUUUUUUUUUUUUUUAUUUCAGACAAUUAUUGCUAUUUCUUAAGAAUGCCUUUAAAGUUAGUUACUGACAGAUUAUAAGUUACGAAAACACAUACGAAUUGUCAAAUUGGUCAGUGUUGAAUUUGCCAUAGUUUUUAUUACAGGGAUGCACCAGAAAUUGAUUUCGGUGCUUUAUAUUGUGCGAAAGAAUCUAAAUUAAAUGCUUGUAUGAUCCUAUAUACUUCAGUUGAUAGAGUACCUUUUCACAAGAAAUAUUUGUUUUAAACAAUGACAUAAAGAAUAGACGCUGACGUUAGAAAAACUCAGUGUCAUCAAAAUUUAAACACAGAUUCACACCAAAGACAUUUUUUCAUAUGUCGGACAUACAUGUAUAUACAUCUGUACGAAACCCAAAGAUCAGGAAAUAUAAACCAUAAGUAUUUUAUUAAAAUGGUUUGAAAUGA